ACGCAGACUAAAGCCGAAAGGCAGACAACUAGUACCAGUCGGCUUUUUUAUUGAUCGACUCGUUUAUUCAACGUAAAAAUGGCUGGAAACCCAUACUACAAUUUCAUCCCGGCUGGAAAUCAACAAGCAGCUGGGACGCAAGCGUACGGAGCUUCGGCCGGACCAAGCCCGGGCUAUUCCGCCGGUGGCCACUCGGCCCCGGCUGCGGGCCAAACCUCCUACGACACGGCUCAUACGGCCUAUCCUAACACGGCGGCUUUUGCUGCAGGAUAUUAUGGCUUCCCCGCUAAAUCAAACUAUGAACCAUCAAAAAACUAUUUCCCGGGACCACCAGGACCAGGUAAGCAGGAUGGACAAGGAAUCCCCCCAGCUCAUUAUCAAGGCUAUGAGGCUGCUUUCUUCAAUGCAGCUCAUGCUUACCUACAUCACCAAUCCGGACCUAAAGCACCACAAAUGGGUGGAGGAGGCCAAAUGUCCGGAAACAAAUCCGGUCACGGCGGAGGCGGCGGCGGUGGAGGAGGAGGAGGAGGACAAGGCGGACCUAAAACACGUGGCCGAUACUUUGCUGGCGGUUUUAAUCAGCGUUGGACCAGCAGUUCUACUCAACAGCUCCAUUACUGUGAAGUUUGCAAAAUCUCAUGUGCAAGUCCCCAGACCUACAAAGACCACUUGGACGGACAAAAGCACAAGAAGAAAGAAGCAGCUGUUCGCACAGGACUCCCUAUGGUUCCUACCCCACGGACUGGGGCCGCUUUGCACUGCGAACUUUGCAACGUGACUUGCACUUCUUCUGAUGCCUAUGCAGCUCACAUUCGCGGAACAAAGCAUCAAAAGGUCGUCAAGCUUCAUACUAAACUAGGUAAACCAAUUCCACCUGCUGAGCCUCAAUUGAUUCAUUCAAAAGCGACUGGAACCGCAGCAGCCACACCGACUACUUCAGCCGCCGCUGUGACCACUGCACCUGUUGCCACUACCACCACAGCGACCACAACUCCUGCAACAGCGGUACCUACACCGGCUGUUUCAGCAGCGACGGUCGUGAAAGUAGUGGCCGGAACUCCUAAAAUCAACUUUCUGGGUGGAAACUACUUAAACACGCUUGGCGGGCCGAAAGCUAACGGAUCUGAAGAAGUCCCAGCGGCCGCUCCUGUUGCUGUUGCUGCCACGACGACGGCGCCGGUGGCCGUUCAGGCAAUCAAGAAAGAGGCUGAAGUGCCAAUGACAGCUGCUGCCGCUACAGAAACAGCACAGGCAGUGGUUGCCCAAUGGGAAGAAGAGAAGGUGAUCCAACCUGUAGGGCAAGAUUACGUGGAAGAAUUGCGCGGCGGCGACGGCAAAAUAACCGGGUUCAAUUGCCGGCUCUGCGAUUGUCGCUUCAACGAUGUCAAUGCCAAGGAUAUGCAUCUGAAAGGCAGACGUCAUAGGUUAAUGUACAAGAAGAAAGUAGACCCCAAUUUAGUAGUGGAAGCCAAAGGUUGGCCAGCUCUUCGUCAAAAGAAUAAAACGAUACCAGGUUGGCAGGAGAGGCGGAAGCCCAACGAAGGGGGUUGGGAAGGUAGUGAGAACUACGAAGAAAUGCCACAGGCUCCGUCUGUCAUGGAAGAUGGAAACCAGCCACGUCCUCCAGCCUAUUGGGCCAGCCCUUCACGUGGAGGACUUGGCAGACAUGGAGGUCUUUCGAUGGGUUUACCACCUCCGCCACAGUAUUUCCCUACCGGAUCAAUGCCGAUGGGCCUUCCCAAUCCAGCUAUGCGUAAACCCGAAUCAAAUGACGAUCGGCAUGUCAUGGCGAAACAUGCUGAAAUUUAUCCAUCGGAGAUGGAAUUAGAGGCCAUACAGACAUUAGUUUCGUAUGUCGAACGUUCGUUGAAAUUGGUUUCGGAUCAGCUGACGCACCAACCCGAAGAAGCGACGAAGACUACUGAGACUCCUCCGCAAUCCAGCGCCCUUGCUCAAUCGCCUGUUGCAGCCACAUCUCCCGCUGUUGCCCCAGCGACGGCCGUUUCUCAGGCUGCCGCCGGUACCACCACCAAUAAUCUUGUUCCUCCUGCCGCUCCAGCUACUGCAAUUUCGUCUCCAGCGGCCGCUGCAACGACUACGACGGCUUCAAACGGUUCGGCUCAGCCGCAGCGGAUGCUGAAGGGCGUCAUGAGGGUUGGACUGCUGGCCAAAGGAUUACUUUUGAAAGGCGACCGCACCGUUCAGCUGGUCGUACUCUGCUCCCAGCCACCUACUUAUCAAUUGCUGGACAGAGUUGCCCAAGCUCUGCCGGCCCACCUCUCUGUCGUCGCCCCAUCAAUCACGUUCAACGUGGAAACGCUCCCCAGUGAAGCAGUUGUCAUGGUGAAAUCGGUCCAGGGUCACGGCCUGCCGGGUGAUAUUUUGGUCAAGGUUUCUCUGACUUCGCCCGUUGUCAGGGAAGAGCAACUCGCUGCAGCUGCUGCCACCGCUGGCUCCACGAAUGGAACGGCUCCUUCUGGCAACGACGUUGAUAUGAAUGACGUCGCCACGAUCAAGGAAGGUCGUCUCAACACGAAAGAUUGCCUGCACUCGCUGGCGCUGCUGCGUCGAGCCAAAUGGUUCCAGGCCAGAGCCAAUACGCUCCAAAAUUGCGUCCUAGUAAUCAGGGUCAUGAGGGAUUUCUGUCAGCGUUCGCCCGUCUGGUCGAAUCUUGAUCUCUGGGCAAUAGAAUUAAUUGUGGAACGAGCCACGUUCAGUGCCGGCACUCCGCUGUCUCCAGGCGACGCCCUCCGCCGAGUAUUCGAGACGCUCUCUGCCGGCAUUUUGCUAAGCACCAAUGACGGAUGGGGUCCAGGUAUCGGCGAUCCGUGCGAGAAAGACGCCAUCGACGUUUGCGGCAAUUUGAGCGCACAAGAACGCGAAGACAUGACGGCCUCUGCCCAGCAAGCGUUGCGUCAAGUCGCCUUCCGCCAAAUAUUCAAAGUACUUGGAAUGGCCAAGCCGCUUUCAUCGGGAUCGCGCAGCUUCAACAAGGCCUCGACGGCCGCCGGUGGUCCAUCACCCGGCAAGAAGCGACCGCGUGAAAACUCGACGAGUGACGCUGUCAGUCCCGAAGGCGAAGUUCCAACAGAUCUGAAGAAGGAGAAGAUUGAAGGCCAAGACGCUUAAAAAUAGAAAAAAUAAAAUUUCAAAAAGAUUCAAUGUUUCGGUGAAAAACAAACAAGAAACACAGACCCCCCUCAUUGGCCAAUCGUCGAUUCAUUGUCUCUUUUUUAAAAAAUAAUAAUAAUAAUUGAUUAAUUAUUUUUUUUUUGUCUUAAUUCCUUUCUCUCAUUUGAAAUACCUCCCCAUCCCUUUUUUACCCACCUUCCCUUGGUAUUGUUUGUUUCUCCCUUUGAUUGUUUUCCUCCCAAAUUUUUUUUUUAAUGCAAAGAAAUUUUUGGUUUAACACAGGCAAAAAAAAAAACAAAAAAAAAAGUGACACAGUGAGAGAAAAAGUGAAACAUCCCAAUUUUGUUCCCUCCCCCAACUCCUGUUUUUCAUCCUUUUACCUCUCUCAUAGUAUUUGAUCGUGUUGAAUAAAAUGAUUUGGC